AUGCCCGAAGACGCGAAGGCGUUCUCUAGUCGAAAAUAUUUGCGCCUAAGUCGUCUAAAUUGCACGCGAAAGUCGAAAAAAAAAAAGAAGAAAAUUCAAACGGCUCGCACCAUGCGCCACAAUUGGCGUGCGCGCAAGAAAGACCGCCCGGUGCUCCAGCAGUUCUCUCUCCGGCUGUACCGCGCCAUGUCCAAGAGCGGCUCGAACGUGUUCGUGUCGCCCUUCGGCACGGCCGUGGCCCUGGUCAGCGCUCUGGCGGGCUCCAGGGGCGACACGGCGGACCAGAUCCUCAAGGCCCUGGGGGUGUCCAACGAGGACGAGCUCCUGCACGAGUUUGACUCCAUAGGCCGGGCCCUGGGACAGCUGUCCGAGAACCACGUCGGCCUCGCCAACAAGAUGUACCUCUCGACCAGCCUCGAGCUCGCAGACUCCUUCAAGGAGGCCAUCCACCGAGACUUCUACGCCCAGGUCGGAAUCGUAAACUUCCAGGGAGACCCUACCCUGGCCGUCAAAGAGAUCAACUCCUGGUUCCAGCGGGUCACGGCCCACAAGAUGAACGCCAUCGUCGACGUGACGGACAUCAACUACCUCACGCGAGUCCUUAUGGUGAGCACGGCCUACCUGCGCUGCCUGUGGCUGGACAAGUUCUCUGAGAUCUACACCACACCUAUGCCCUUCUACACCGACGAAGGCGAAGUCAUGGUCCAGACCAUGUGCUCGCGACGGAUCUGCAAUUACUGCCACGUGGAACGCCUUAGCUGUAGGGUCCUGGAGCUUCCCUGCAUGCUGGACCAGCUGGAACUCCUCAUCCUGCUACCAGACGUACAGUCGGACUUGGAUUUUAUUGAAGACAAUAUUCUUGCCGAGGACGUUCAAAGUUUCGAGAGGAUGUACACGCGCAAUCCUCUAGACAUCAUGCUGCCCAAGUUCACUCUGGACCAGCUAGUGACCCUGGUACCUUACCUGCAUGACGUGGGCGUCAGGGACAUUUUUGACAAAGAACGUUCGGACCUCACGGGCAUCUCAGACGAGCGAGACUUGUGCGUGCACGACUUCCUGAGCAAGUCGCGUUUUGAGGUCACCGACGAGGAUCCGGUCCGGCUCAACCUGCACGUGGGCACCCUGAAGCUGGAGAAUCGCACCGACCUGGCCACCUUCGAGGUCAACAAGCCCUUCAUGUUCCUGGUGAUCGAGAAGCGACGCAAGAGCAUCCUCUACCUGGGAUGCCUUCGGAGGCCACCUCACUAUUAA